AUUAAAAAAUAAUCUCUUAUAGCUAAUAAACUUAGUGCUUCCAAAUAAACCACGAUAAAAAUUUUAAUUCUCAAGAUGCUAAGGAAUCUUUCAAAUAUAUAUUUGAGUAAUACUAACAUAGCUAAGAUUAAUUGCAUAAUAAGUUUCCAAUUUCAAUUAACCUUAAAGUGGCCAAAAUAGCUAAAGAUAACAAAAUGACUAUGAAUGGAACUUGCCUCGACGUUUAAUAUUAUUAUGAUGGAUUAUAAGGAGAAAAGCUUGAGAUUCCUUACAGAAAUAAAUUAAAUAAAUUAGAUGAGGGUUUUGAGGAGGCUUUUGAAUUAAUUUCCCCUAUAUAGGAAUUGAAAAAUAUAGAUGCUUCUAUGCUCAAAAAAGUGUUUUUUAAUUUAAUAGAAAUAUUCUAUUGGUCUGCAAACUUUGGAUUAUUUUUCGACCCUCUUCAGAGUUGCCUCUUGUAUUAUAAAGAAGAAGAAUAAUUUGUAUUAUUGCCAACUUUCACAUUAAUGACUAGACAUUUAUUCUAGUCCAAAGCCUCAAGCUUGCUUGAAAAGUUUAUAGAAUUUAGAUUCAAAUUAUAUCAAAAUGCUACAUUUAAUUUUCUCUAUAGGUUUUAUUUGAAAUUUCUCAACCCAAUUAAGAAUACAGAUGAGGAUUUCUCAUUCUUUGAAGAGUAUUUCAUAAAAGAACCUGAAAUUUAAGAUUUGGAACCUCAAUUUCCAAAUAAUUAAUAAUAUAGAGGCGCGGAUUACUUAUACAAAGAUCAAAGAUUUUAAAAGAAAUUGGCUAGAACUAGAUUUAAGUAAACAAUGUUGUUAUAUUAAUUAUAAAAUAACGAAGAACUUAAGAUGCUCUUUAAAGAAUUCAGUAGAAAGGAUGACGAAUUAAUUACUUAAUAAAAAGAUGCUUAAAAUCUUUUAUAAUUACAAUUCAUUAAUAUGACCUAAUUUUUUAGUAAAUUACCUAAAGAGAUCAAUUCUAAUAGCUAUGAGAUAUUUGGAAAAUUUAUGAACUCUAUGUAUGAACACUUGAAAUCCAAGAAUACAGAUGAAAAUAAGAUUGAUAUGGCACCAUAUUCCAAAGUUGCUUCCAAUUAGCACAGAAUCGAAAUAUUUAGUAAACCUGAAACUAAGGAUUAAUUUCAAUUUAAUUGGUCAAGUUCAAUAAAUAGAAUCAAUAGACAAAUUGUUGAUCAGAGGACUCAAUAAAUGAUUCAGGAAGAUUUGAAGAUCCCAUACACGAUGACGUUUAAAGAGUCCUCGGCAUCCAAUUAAGCCAACUCACAAUAUGACUCAGUUAUAAUAAUGAAAACAAGCAUUUCUGAAAUCCAAUUUUCAAUAGAUACUGCAGACGACAUUAUUUAUUUAGCCAACAUGCUCAUAAGAGAACCCACACCGAUGAAUAUUUACAUUGAUUAAUCCAGAAAAUUAACCAUAUCAACUACAAUUUAAACAGCUUGUCCAAUGGGAAUAUUUAAAAUUUGUAUUAGGAUCUUUGAUAUGUUCCAAAUCUAUUUUCAUAUGAUACUUGAGUUUUAUCACUAAAUUAUAUUAAUAGGGAAGCCUGUCAAUGAAAAGAAAUAUUAAGCAUUUGUCAAUGAGAUUCAGCAUUAUAUUCUAGAUUAUGAGAUUGAUUUUGAUGAGCUAAUGAAAAAGGUGGAUCCCAUACAAGUAAACAAAUAAUGA